AUGACUCAACAAACGACAAGGAAGAAUAUUAACAUCAUUGAUUGGCAUUUUACCGCUUUUCCAUGGAAAUUUUUUUUCAAUUGUUUUACGGGUCCCAUUCCAGGAUUGGCACCAUCGGAAUUCGAAGCGAGAAUGGUAGAAUAUGUGAAACUUUUAAACAAAGAACUUAGGACUUCGACAACGACCCCACCAGCACUACGGUCAGGUUCAAAUUCACCACCUUCGUCUACUUCUCCUAGGGAAGCUUUAAGUGCAAUCGAAAUGUCUAGGCUCACCCUUUGGAAUUUAUACAAUAAUAAUCAUCAAACUUCUUCUACUACUCCGGAACCGCAAAAAGAAGCACUGGAUUUGGGUGUCAAAGAACAACAGCAAACACAAAGACAAUCAUCAUCUCCGCAAGUAAAAAGAGAAUCUCAGGAAACCAUUAGUAAUGGACCUCCACCAAAGAAACUUCUUCCGGGUGAAGGGGAAGAAGAAGACGAUGAAGAAGAAGAGGAAGAAGAUGAAGAAGAAGAAAACAGAAAUUUAAAACUUGACGGAAAGGCGCACAUAAAAAUAUCAAGCAAAGGAAAUGGAAAAGAUCAAGAAAGUUCGUUAGUUGUAAGCAUGGACAUCAAUGGAACCAUGUACCAGGGAGUUUUAUUUGCCCAAAAUACUACAAGAACCAGAACGUCGUAG